AUCAGAUCAGUGUCCUCGUGAAGAAAAUGUUAGGUUUUCGAGCACAUUGGAAUACAAAGGGAAAGAACUGCUUCGUGACCGGCGGCUCCCAGGGCUUGGGACUAUCCCUUGCCGUUUUGUUGGCAAAAAAAGGUGCAAAUGUCACGAUAGUCGCGCGGAACGUGGAAAAUUUGAAGAAAGCAAUCGCAGAGCUAGAGCGCAAUCGGCAGUCUUCUGAACAGACGUUUAGAUAUCAUUCUUAUUCGCUUAGCAAAUCCGCGGAGUCCCAUGCAGCCCUUGAGGCUGAAUGCAAGAUACUUUCUCAGCAGAGCGGCGGAGCAAUAACUGCCCCAGAUGCGUUCUUCCUCUGUGCAGGCUCAUCUCGGCCAAGUUUCUUCAUUGAGAACACGGAAGAACACCUAAUACAAGGCAUGGAACAAGCAUAUUGGGUACAGGCGUGGAGUGCACAUGCCGCCGUGAAGAAGCUCGUCCAAGAGCAGCGGCCUGGAAAAAUUGUCUUCGUCGGCUCAACAGUCUCGCUUACGUCUUUCAUUGGUUACGCGCCGUAUGCACCUGGAAAGCACGCACUUAAAGGACUAGCCGAAUCACUCCGUUCUGAGUGCGUUCUUUAUAACAUUGACAUUCAAAUAUUCUUUGCGCCCACGAUGGACUCUCCUGGACUCGUAGAGGAGCUGAAGACGAAACCUCAGCUCACCAAGACAUUCGAGGAUUCCGACGUGAUGUUGAGCUGCGAUAAGGCUGCUACAGUAAUGUUAAAAGGCAUAGAGACGGGUGAUCAUCAUAUCACAGCAACGUUUAACUCGCAAGCUCUCGCCAAUGGGAAUCGUGGCGCUGCUCCAAUAACCAACCCGUUGAUUGGUCCUAUUCUGGACUGUAUUGCCUGGAUUGCUGUUCCCUUCUGGAGACGUGGGUGCGACUCAGAGAUUCGAAAGAAUCGCAAUGAACAUCGAAAUUAUCUCAAGACAGUUGGGUUCCUACUGGACUCGAAGAAAGUCGAUUGA